UCUAAAGCUGUGAGGAUUAAUAUUUCAGAUUGUCCAGAGCACCAGAGCUUGUCUGGAAUGUUCCCACUUCCACUGCAAGAGGAACACACUAGGGCAAACCUAUUCCUUAGUCUCAAAGCAAUGAUCUGAUGGUUUUCUGAAGAACUUUGAGAUUCAGCUUAAACAAAGCAGCAGGUGGAAAUCAUCAUGGAAAUUCUUUGUUAAAAAACAAUUAUGGCUCCAGAAAUUAUGGCUCUGUAGGUUUUCCCAGCCAAAAGAGUCAUGAUUUGCAGAUUUAUGUAAAGAACAGCAAAAUGAAGACUAUACCAAAGUGAGUUUAUAAAAAUGAGUAUGAACUACUUCUCACUGUUAAAAUGUAGGUGUUAAAGAAGAUACUUCUAUGCUGGUUGCCAAAAAAAAUCUAUUAAUAUCAUAAUGUCAGAGUAGGCCAACCUACAUUUUAGGAGUUGUCUAUUUGAUUAAACAGCAUCAUAAACAGCACAUUUACAAAGUCUGGGGAUACAUAGCACAGAUUCAAGGAAAUAAGUGUGCCUUCCUCUUUGUUACCUAGGGGUUGCAAACAGGAGGAUUUCUCUGGUGACAGAAGCUGCUGCUUUCCAGGGGUGAACCUGUUCAGAAGCAGCAGAGUGGAGCUGGCUGCACUAAUGGUGUGUGUGCUGCAGGUGAUGGAAAUUCCUGAGGUGUGAGAAAGCAGAGUGUUACAUGGCCACACUCCAAAUAACCAGCAUGCCAAGCCUGGCUGGCUGAGUUUGAAGCCUGGGGUGUCUCUGAGUGGGUGGAUUUGCACAGGAGGGUGUUGGAGCAGCAGGGUGACCUCUUCCCCCAGCACUGUGACACUGAAGCUCAGCAGCAGGUGCCUGCUGCCCUGCAGCCCAGAGCCAGGCUCCAGCACAGACCAGGGAUCCCAAAGGGGGGAAACACCUCUGGAGACACCAUGCGUGAGUGCAUCUCUGUGCACGUGGGCCAGGCUGGAGUGCAGAUAGGGAACGCCUGCUGGGAGCUCUUCUGCCUGGAGCAUGGCAUCCAGCCUGAUGGCACCUUCAAGGACCUGCCCGACAAACUCAGCUCUGACGACUCUUUCACCACAUUUUUCAACGAAACAGCCACUGGGAAGCACGUGCCACGGGCUGUCAUGGUGGACUUGGAACCAACUGUGGUAGAUGAAGUACGGGCUGGCACCUUCAGGGAACUUUUCCAUCCAGAACAGCUGAUCACUGGGAAGGAAGAUGCAGCCAACAACUAUGCCCGUGGCCACUACACCAUUGGCAAGGAAAGCAUUGAUAUGGUGCUGGAUCGUGUCCGCAAGCUGACCGAUGCCUGCUCUGGGCUGCAAGGAUUCCUGAUCUUCCACAGCUUCGGUGGCGGCACCGGCUCUGGCUUCACCUCCCUGCUGAUGGAACGCCUCUCCGUGGAUUACGGGAAGAAGUCCAAACUGGAGUUUGCCAUCUACCCAGCCCCUCAGGUCUCCACGGCCGUGGUGGAGCCCUACAACUCCAUCCUGACCACGCACACCACGCUGGAGCACUCGGACUGCGCCUUCAUGGUGGACAACGAGGCCAUCUACGACAUCUGCCGCCGCAGCCUGGCCAUCGAGCGCCCCACCUACACCAACCUGAACCGCCUCAUCAGCCAGAUCGUGUCCUCCAUCACGGCCUCGCUGCGCUUCGACGGCGCCCUGAACGUGGACCUGACAGAGUUCCAGACCAACCUGGUGCCCUACCCGCGCAUCCACUUCCCGCUGGUCACCUACGCGCCCAUCAUCUCCUCCGACAGGGCCCACCACGAGCAGCUCUCCGUGGCCGAGAUCACCAGCGCCUGCUUCGAGCCCAGCAACCAGAUGGUGAAGUGCGACCCCAGGCACGGCAAGUACAUGGCGUGCUGCAUGCUGUACCGCGGCGACGUGGUGCCCAAGGACGUCAACGUGGCCAUCGCCGCCAUCAAGACCAAGAGAAGCGUCCAGUUCGUCGACUGGUGCCCAACAGGCUUCAAGGUUGGGAUCAACUACCAGCCUCCCACGGUGGUUCCUGGUGGAGACCUGGCCCAGGUGCAGAGGGCAGUCUGCAUGCUGAGCAACACCACGGCCAUUGCUGAGGCUUGGGCCAGGCUGGACCACAAGUUUGACCUGAUGUACGCCAAGAGAGCUUUCGUGCACUGGUACGUGGGUGAAGGAAUGGAGGAGGGAGAGUUUGCAGAGGCCCGAGAGGACCUGGCUGCCCUGGAAAAGGACUAUGAAGAAGUGGGAACUGACUCCUUCGAAGAAGAGAAUGAUGGGGAGGAAUUUUAAAAUACAUUUUGCUCCUGGUGAGCACAGAAUUGUCUCUGUGUCACUGUGUUGAAGAGUUAGGUCAGCUUUUCUGUGCGCCGUAAACAUGAAUUUAGGAGUGACAUUUUUUUUAUUCUAUAAAUGACAGGCAACUUAUCCUGUAAGAUAUCAUCACCUGUAGAAAUGCCCCACCACUCCCAGUAAUGUAAAACAGACUUGCUCUCCCUUGCACACUUAAUGUGAGCCUUUUAAAGUUCUAAUGUACAUGAUAAACUCACUGCAUUCCAUGUAGGUCAUCCCAAAAAGCUGCAGAAUCCUGCUCCUGCCAACAGGACACCACAGGCACCUGCCCAAGCUGGGAUUCUGUGGAAUCCCCAAUCAGCUACAACACUUUGAAAAGUCAUGGCAAUCAGCUGAAGUCCCAGGGAACUGGGAAAAGGGAAAUUUGUCCCCAUUGUUAAAAAGGGUAGAAAGGAGGGUCCUGGUGACUGCCAACCUGUUACCCUCACCUCUGUGCCUGGGAAGAUCAUGGAAGUCCUCCCAGAAGCAUGUGGAGGGCAGAUUUAGUUGGAUGUUGAUGGAUAAAUUAACUAGGCACUUAUGCAGGAAGUACCUAGGUGCUCAAGCAUAAAUUAAUUGGGAAUUUAUUAACACCUUGGUGCAACAAAUGAGAUAUUGUCUUGCUUUUUGAUUAGGUUCCCCUACAUGCAUUAGUGGUUCUCCUUUCUCAUUUCAGAACCUGGAUUUUUUUAUGAUGCUAAUACAGAAUCCCUUUCAAGAAGAACUUGCCUAUAAAAAGCAAGGCAAUUCUUAGACAUACCCAAGUUGGCUUUCUUUCAAGACUGUGAACUUUCAGACCUGAAAACCUUUCUGGGACUGAUUCUGCCAGAUUUUUUCUCAAAAAGCAAGACAAUAUCUCUCCUUUGUUGCACAGGUGUGUUCAUAAAUUCCCAGCUAAUUAAUGCAUGAGUGUUAAUUAUCUCACAUUUCCCACCCUUUCCCUCUUAAUGUUUUUCAUCCUUUUUUCACCUCACAUUUCCUUCCCUUUUUUACCUCACGUUUCCCACAAUUUAUUCUCUCAUUUUCUGCCCUUUCACCCUCUGUUUAAAUACUUCAAGUGUUGGAAAAAGGGGUAUUUUUCCUCAAUUAAACCUUAAAUAAUGGAAAAGGCAAGUUUUCCUUUAAUUGAUACCCUUAAUAUCACAGGUGAAGGGGAAUCCCCUCCAAAUUAAGGACACCUGCUUUGGAAGUGACUGAGUUCCACAGGCAGAGCUUAAACUAUUCUUAAGACCUAAUACUCCUCCUAACUGAGCACCCAGGCUCUCACAGGGGUCAUCACCAAAAGCUCUUUCAGCCUCACACUGCUUCACCCAGCAUAUCUAGUUCCUGUUCAACCUCCAGUGUCCUUUUGCACUUUGCUCAGGUGGUUUCAUUAUCUCCAGACAGUUUUAUGGCUUAGAGGUUCUUCUCUCUCCCUCUCUUCUAUGGGGCAGUCACCACAUAAGCCAGUAAUAGGCAUGGAAUGUCAGGAAAAAUAAGGCACAAACACCAGAGGUUUAUGUCUAGAAAGGAGACAGAGGAGUCCUUUUACUUUAUUCAAAUAAAGAGCAUUACCCUGG